AUGAGCACCUCCACCUCUAAGGGGUUCAAGGCAACACGGGAAUUACACCGCGGAUUCCCCCGGCCUACCACUCUUCACUACUGGACUAUGCCAGUGGCUCAUGCUCAGACAUUUGUUGCUGUGUUGACAGACUUUCACACACUAUUCUGUAAAGCAGAAGAUGAAAACAGAUUUCUGAGCACCUAA